AUCCACAAUGCCGUGCGGUUUGCGCGGUGACGUCACAGCCACUCGUCAGGGUGUUGACUCCGAAACAAAAACAGAAAGAACAGCCGGGGAGCGGGCCGAGCGGCGCCGGGGGGGAGCGGCGGUCGCCGCCGGGGCUCCAUGUCCUGCCGCGUCAGCUGAGCAUGUAAGUGAGGUGCAACAGAAGUAGUUACUGAAUCCUCGGCUAUGCACAAUUCUAUAGAGAUAAAUGAGUGAAGUGAAAAAAGUGAUGAAAGUAGUGGUGGCAACAUGAAGUUGUAUGUAUUUUUGGUAAAUACUGGAACUACCCUUACAUUUGACACAGAACUUGCUGUACAGACUGUUGCAGACCUUAAACAUGCUAUCCAAGCUAAAUAUAAGAUUGCAACUCAGCAUCAAGUAUUGGUUGUCAAUGGAGGUGAAUGCAUGGUGGCAGACAGGCGUGUUUGUAGCUACAGUGCUGGAACGGAUACAAAUCCCAUAUUUCUAUACAACAAAGAGAUGAUUCUGUGUGAUCGUGCACCAACAAUUCCCAAGACAACAUUCUCUGCAGAAAACGAGAUGGGAUUAAAGGUAGAGGAGUCUCUUAUGAUGCCAGCUGUCUUUCACACAGUGGCCUCCAGAACUCAACUUGCUGUGGAGAUGUAUGAAGUUGCAAAGAAGCUCUGCUCAUUCUGUGAAAGACUAGUCCACGAUGAACACCUUCAGCAUCAAGGUUGGGCUGCCAUUAUGGCCAAUUUGGAGGACUGUACCCAUUCUUUUCAAAGGCUGCUGACAAAGUUUGAAAGUGCUUACAGCAAUUAUGAACAUUCUGUGGAAGAUAUUAAGCAAAAACUCACAAACCUAGGCACAGCUGUCUCAGUUAUGGCUAAAAUGCCACUAUUGGAAUGCCUGACCAGACAUAGUUACCGAGAGUGUCAGGAGAGACUCAAGUUCCCUACAGAAAAAGAAAGUGUAGAAGAGGAGACUGAUGAUGAGAAGUCCAACAAUUCAGUACUUUGUUCUGUUAAACCUGCAGUUUGCAGGAAGUCACCCUCUAGUUCUAUGUCAUUUGGUCAUUCUGCACAGAAUAGUGUUCUGCAAGAAGAAAAAGACAUUGAGAACGGCGUGGGCAACACUCAGAGGACCAUAGCAGAAAAUGAAUUAAAUGAAGAAAUGACUGACCAAGCUUUCUUUAAUGUCUCCUUACUGGACUGGAUUAAUGUGCAAGAUAGACCAAAUGAUGUGGAAUCACUGGUCAGAAAAUGCUUUGAUUCAAUGAACCGACUUGAUCCAGAGAUCCUUCAGCCAUUUCUGACAGAGUGUCGUGAAACCAUAGUGAAACUUGAUAAUCAGAACAUGAAGGCAAUUAAAGGGCUUGAGGACCGAUUGUAUGCACUCGAUCAAAUGAUAGCCAGUUGUAAUAGACUGGUGAAUGAACAAAAAGAAUUAGCCCAAGGAUUUUUAGCUAAUCAGAAGAGAGCUGAAAACCUGAAAGACCCAUCUGUUCUUCCUGAUUUGUGUCUGAGUCAUGCAAAUCAGUUAAUGAUCAUGUUAACAAACCACAAGAAGCUGCUGGAUAUUAAACAGAAAUGCACUACUGCUAAGCAGGAACUUGCAAACAACUUGCAAGUCCGAUUAAAGUGGUGCUGUUAUGUGAUGCUACAUGCAGAUCAAAAUGGUGAAAAGCUCCAAGCUUUACUACGGCUUCUGACAGAACUGCAAGAAAGAGUGCGGAUCGUUGAGGCACUUAGCACUGUUCCUCAAAUGUACUGCUUAGCUGUUGUAGAAGUAGUAAGGCGGAAAAUGUUCACUAAACAUUACAGGGAGUGGGCUGGUGCUCUUGUAAAAGAAGGAAAACAACUUUAUGAAGCGGAGCGAGCUAAGCGGGAAUCAUUUGGAAGACUAUUUAGAAGAUCAUUUCUUAGAAAUCGCUUGUUUAAGGGGCUUGACUCUUGGCUACCAUCAUCGUUUUGUACACAGAAGCCUCGGAAGUUUGACUUUGAACUUCCUGAUGUAUCCUUAGCUGAUUUGCAGUUUCUGCAGUCCUGUUGUCCUUCAGAAGUUCAGCCAUUUCUCAGGGUUCCUACAAUUUGUGACUUUGAGCCAUUACAUCAACAUAUACAAAUUCUCCGUAAUUUGGUUAAAACGGCUCAGAGUUUGGAUGAAAUGUCCCAAACAAUCACAGACUUGCUCACCGAGCAAAAGGCUUCGCUUGAUCAACCUACAUUAGCAACACCAACAGCACACAGGCUUGAAAGCACAACUGAAACUAAAACUACCUCUUCUAGAGUCAGACCCACUCUUAGCCUUCAGGGACCAAUCUGUCCAUCUGCAAAUGUUCCUGCCUCAUUAGAAGAGUUAUCUCCUGACAGCAUUGAUGCCCAUACAUUUGAUUUUGAAACUAUUCCUCAUCCUGGUUUGGAACAAGUUCUCAAACAAGGUUCUGUAGAUAUGGAUUCAUUGGCAGAAAGUCCAGAGUCUGAUUUUGUUUCAGCUGUAAAUGAGUUUGUGAUCGAGGAGAACUUGGCAUCGCCAAAUUUAAACAGUGAUCCACAAAGUCCUGAAAUGAUGCUUGAAUCUCUCUACUCUUCUGUUAUCAAUGCUAUUGAUAAUAGACGUAUGCAGGAUACAACUCUUGGUGAAAAGGAAGACUCUAAUGAAGUUGCAAGUUUAAAAUUGCAUAUAGAAAGAUACAGAUUUAUCACUGAAAUGUCUCAGUCACAUUUUAUAAGCAUUAGGAAAGAUCUUAACCACUUCAGAGCACUUGUCCAGAAAGAGCAGUGUGAUUUUAAUAGCUCCAUGAAAAGUGUAAGUGAAGAAUUAAGAAGCAUAAUAGAAACCGUAAAAUGCAGAGUUGAAGCAGAAGCAGAAGAAAAUUAUCAGCAAAAAUUAGAGGCUUUAAGUAAGGAUUAUGAAGACCGAAUGAACAAAUGUAAUAUUGAGGCUGAGGCCACUCGGCAAAUUGUAGAGAAGUUGAGAAAGGAAUUGUUUGAACUUGAAGAUAGUAUAAAGCAGAAAGAUCAUGAAAUUGCUGUGACACGGACUAAAAAUGAAACCUUUGUAAGUUUACAAAUUAGUAAAGAAAAAGAAAUUCAGGAUCUAAUGGAAGAGAAGAGGAAACAAGGGAUGCAAAUCCAAGAACUCACUCAGUCACAAGAGAGUUUAUUGGAAGAAUUAAACAUGCUUAAAGUACAGGCUGAUCAGAAGAUGGCACACUUAAGUGAAGAGCUUCAGAAUCUUGAACAAAGUCACUUGAAAGAUCUGGAAGAUUGCCAAGCUAGACAUCAGCAAGAGCUGGAAAGGCUGAUGACUGAUCACUGUAAUCAGCAAAAACAAAUCCAGAGGGAAAAUGAAGCAAGGUUAGAAAACAUGCAGCAGUCCCUUACCCUAAAGCUCCAGGAGCAAGAGCAAGAACUCAAUGAAUUUAAAUUUAAAGUGUCUGAGCUUUCUGGGUUGAGGUGUAAACAGGAAGUUGAAUUGGCUUUGAAGGAAACUGAAACUGAGGAAUUAAAGCAGCUUUUAAAAGAGAACCAAGUCCAACAAGAAGAGAUUAUAAAAUGUCAGGUGAUGAAAGAAACAGAGAAGUACAACAAAGAGAUAACUGACUUGAAACACCAAAUGCAGCUAAAAAUGCAAGAAUAUGAUAUGGAACUUGCAGAACAAAGAACACAAAUGGCCAGAGAGAGAAAACAGUGCACUUCUGAAAUGAUGGAUAGACAUGAAAAGGAGAUGGCCUCCCUCAAAGCAGAACUAGGCAAACUGGAUGCAAUGAGGCAACAAGCACUCGAUGCAGAAGUAACAUUAAAGAGACAGGUUGAAGAGCUCGGUACUAAGUUAAAACAAUGUUUGAACGCCAUGGAUAAACAAAAGGAGGAAAUGGUUUCUGAAAAAGAGAGACUUGUCUUCGAAAUUGAAACAAAAUAUGAAGCUACUAUUCAUGGUCUUCAGGAGGAGAAAGAACAGUUGCUCAACACACUAAGCCAGGAGGGAAAAGAAGAGGUUAGAAAUAAAAUGCAUGAGGAUUAUGAAAGAAAAAUACAAGCACUUGAGCAAGAAAAGCAAAUUAUUGAAAGUCAACUUAAAGAACAAUGUAGAGCUGAGAGGGCAGUUCCACUUUCAGCUGCACCAGAAAAUUUCAUUCCUCCAAAUGAUAUUGAUGAUAUUAGAGAGAAGUUUCAAGAAGAAAAGGCCAAUUUGCUCGAUCAACUAGAAAAAAGGAAUGAAGAACUUAAAAGCCUUAAAACGUCACUGAUAGCUGAACAGCAGACCAACUUCAACACUGUUUUAACCUGGGAAAAAAUGAAGAAAGAACAAAUAAUAAAUGAUUUGACUGAAAAAUUGAAUAAACUAACUCAACAACAAGAAAAAGAUAGAGUUUUGAUAGAAACCCUCUCUGCAGACAGAGCCACUUUGUUACAAGAAAAGAAAAAGCUUGAUGAAGAAUUCAACCGAUUACGGAGUAAUGUACUUGUGUGCUCUGGCUUUUCAUCACCCGGACCAUCUGGAGCAGAAACUUCUACUGUUUCUGGGCCUGAUGUUCCAUUUGACUCGGAAAGAUUAGCAUCUGUUGGUGUGGUUGGGGAUGAUGGAAGAAUUGACUCUGCAAUGGAGGCAAGCACCAUGACUGUACAUGAAACCAUCCACAUGUCAGAGGAAAAACAGAGGAUUAUGAUUUUGGAAAGAACAUUACAAAUGAAAGAAGAGGAGAAUAAACGAUUAAAUCAAAGAUUGAUGUCUCAGAGCAUGUCGUCAGUUUCUUCCAGAAAUUCUGACAAAAUAGCUAUUCGAGAUUUCCAAGUUGGGGAUUUGGUGCUCAUUAUUUUGGAUGAACGUCAUGAUAAUUAUGUUCUAUUUACUGUUGGCCCAACCCUUUACUUCUUGCAUUCAGAGUCUUUGGGAGCAUUGGAUCUUAAACCCGUUCCAGGUUCUUCUCGGAGACCGUGGGUACUUGGAAAAGUAAUGGAAAAAGAAUAUUGUCAGGCUAAGAAGGCUCAAAACCGAUUUAAGGUCCCAUUGGGAACAAAAUUCUACAGAGUGAAAGCAGUGCCCUGGAACAAGAAAGUAUAACAGUGAUAUGAAAUAAACUGUCAAUAGCUCAUUCUUUUCCUUCUCAUGUGAUUCCUUUAUGGCUUGUUAUACAGUCUUGAAUAACUUCUGUUUGGAAAAGGUGACACAAAUGUAAUUCAUAUGAGUGGAAACUUGCUGGAGUAAUGAUUCAUUAUUUGCUACUCCCCAUUUAAUGUGUAUUGAACUCAGCUCUCCAAAUCAUAAAAUGUAUUUAGUCUCAUUCAAUGAACUGCUUUUAAUCUUACACAGAAGACUUGGAAAUGUAUACCAAAUACUUUCUUUUCAUGGAGCAUGACUUGUACAUUGUGGCAUAAUAGCCCCUUUAAAUGCCUGUUCAAAAAAUACUGAAUAUUCAGAUGUUUAGACAUUUGUCAUUAUUACCAGCAUAUGUAGACAACUUAUUGCUAUCAAAGUUAUUUAUGAGCAAAACAACUUUACCAUAUGUAUUUAAACAUUUGUGUUCCUAGCAUGCAAACUCCCAUGUAAAGUUUGAUCUUAAUUUUACUUCCAUGAAUUUUCAUUCUUGCUGUUAAUCUGCAUAUAUAUUGAGGUUUAUUAGAAAUGUAGAUAUCUAACCCAAUAUAGUGAAGAACAGUGCAAUGAAUGAAUAGGACUGAAAUUUACACAGUUGCUAGAGUUGCAUUUCUGCAAAAAUGUACCAUCAAUUGUUAAUUGUGUAUACACAUUGGAAGGGAGGAAUCUGUUAUUUACAGAUAACAUGAUAUAAAAACUUCCCAGCAACUUAAAGCUGGAAUAAAUUUAAUAUAUUGUUUCAUCUUGGUGACCAGUGUUCCAUUCAGUUUUAAAAUUUAUUUCUCUUGUACAUUAACCAUAGUAAAACCUUUAAGUAUAAACAUUACUGUAUUGUAAAAGAAUUUCAGAAUUUUGAAAUAAAACAUUUAAACCUGUAGAGUGUGCAUCUU